GUCUCACUCGCCUGGUGUUUUUCUGGGGUCCUUGAUAUCGCGAGACAAUUCUGGAGAGCAUCAAAUGGAUAUCCAUCGUCGGGCGAGCGAAGAGAGCGUGCAGUUCGGACCGAAGAGCGCGCCCCGACCUGGGGGGCAUUUGUGGUCGCCCCCUCACUCUCACCAUCAAGCAUCCCCACUGUCGAUCAAGCCAUUCUCGAAUAACUGAGCCCCUGGUUGCAUAGGCGUUGUUGCGGCAUGCAUACCAUGCAUAUGCGGCUAGAUGACGUCACUGGGACAUUAUCGAGCACGAGAGUGCCACGAAAGAGCUAGGAUGCAUGCAUGUGCAAACCGGCUGGAGAGACUCUAAUCAUACCAUCUCAAAAGCAGAAUCACGCUUCGUUUGCAUUCCUAUCCGUUUUACUCGCGGAGGUCGGAACCAAGCAGGCUUUGAUCACAGGAACACAUGGCUGACGCACCAUUGCUCGGAGGAGCGAACGAUACUACGCGUUCGACCGGAAGCCAUCGACAUAAUGCUAGGAGCGUUGACAGCCAUCUAGGCAUCCUUCGCUCCAUUUUCAAGCUCUUCUAUACGGGACUCAUAGCCCCCGCCGACACGACAUAUGCUACGAUUAUGGUGCUGCUGAACUGCCCGGACCCAGACGAGCGAGAUAAGCUCACCAUGCAGUGGCGCGAUCAUAAGCUGAACGAGUUGAGCUUCAUCGGCGUUACCAGUCCCCUCACAGCAGUCUGUCUGGUUAGCACAGGCUCGUGGCCCGAAAUCAGCUCCAAACCCUGGUUUAUUAAGGCCAUCUGGUACUGCGGCAUCGUUUUCGCCGUCUUCUCCGUCCUUACAGCUGCUCAGCAAUCCCUUCGCCUGCAUCGACUGUCCGCGCAUCGCAAUGGCCUGCAUUACAUCCGCCUCUGCCUGGUUCGAGACCGCAAGCGGUUGGACAGUGAAGAAGGACAGCUGAAGUUGGUCCCUAGACCAUUCCAGGUGUGGAGUUGGCAAUCAUCAAUGGUAUUCCUACUAAUGGCCGUGGCCUGCUUGAUUUUGGGGAUGCUGGUGCUGUUGUGGACCGCAGUGAUCGAGGAUGGGAGAGGUAUAGUGUGGGACGAGGAUGCUAAGCUAGCAACUACCUUCACGGUGGUCCUGGUCGCUUCGAUCGCGUUUCUCUUAGCGUCUCAGGUGUCCAUGAUGGUCGGUGUCGCAGUGGACUAAUCGAGCAUCAUUGAAACCACGAAUGGAAGGCUCGCUCAUAGAUGCCUCCUACGACUGGAAAGAGGCGGAUCUCUUUCGAAAUCUCUACCGAAGAAUGUAAAAUGUAAGAAAUGCCAAAAACACUGUGUCUGGGUGAAUACGAGGGAUACUUCUCUCGGACCAAUACGUGAAGAGGCGGCAAGACACUUCAGGCGGGUUCGAGACAUGGCGCACUGUAGCAAGUGGGUAUUUAAAAAAGUGUGGUCGGACGACCUAGCAUAAGAAACCCACAACUCCGCUUCAGUGAGGGCAUAACAACAUGCGCAAAGUUGGCAUCUUCAUCGAUGGCGUCCCUGUCAUCAAAGCCGGCGAAGUUACCC